GUAGUGGUGACGUGUCUCUAAAGUUUCUCCUCCUCCUCCUCCUCCUCCUCAGCCUCCUCCUCUUCCUCCUCCUCCCGGUGGCUCAGUCAGUCAGUAGUGAGGUUGGUCACAUUAACACAGCGAAGCAACACGUACGGUGGACCGAUAGGACAUCAUGGGCAUCAAAUUCCUGGAGGUGAUAAAGCCUUUCUGUGCAGUGCUGCCAGAGAUCCAAAAACCUGAACGAAAGAUCCAGUUCAGAGAGAAGGUACUAUGGACUGCCAUCACUCUCUUCAUCUUCCUGGUUUGUUGCCAGAUCCCCCUCUUUGGCAUCAUGUCUUCAGACUCUGCAGAUCCCUUCUACUGGAUGAGAGUCAUUCUGGCCUCAAACAGAGGUACCCUGAUGGAGCUGGGUAUCUCGCCUAUCGUCACCUCAGGCCUGAUCAUGCAGCUGCUCGCUGGAGCAAAGAUCAUUGAGGUUGGAGACACACCAAAAGACAGAGCCCUCUUCAAUGGAGCUCAGAAAUUGUUUGGAAUGAUCAUCACCAUCGGCCAGGCCAUCGUAUAUGUGAUGACCGGCAUGUAUGGAGAUCCCUCUGAGAUGGGUGCAGGAAUCUGUCUGCUCAUCAUCAUUCAGUUGUUCGUGGCUGGACUGAUCGUGCUGCUGCUGGACGAGUUGCUCCAAAAGGGCUACGGUCUUGGUUCAGGGAUCUCGCUCUUCAUUGCUACCAACAUCUGUGAGACGAUCGUCUGGAAGGCCUUCAGCCCCACCACUGUGAACACCGGAAGAGGUACAGAGUUUGAGGGAGCAAUCAUUGCUCUUUUCCAUCUGAUUGCCACUCGUACCGACAAAGUACGCGCUUUGAGAGAGGCCUUCUACAGACAGAACCUGCCCAACCUCAUGAACCUCAUCGCCACAGUAUUCGUCUUUGCUGUAGUGAUAUACUUUCAGGGCUUCAGGGUUGAUCUGCCUAUCAAGUCGGCUCGCUACCGUGGCCAGUACAACACCUACCCCAUCAAGCUCUUCUACACCUCCAACAUCCCCAUCAUCCUGCAGUCUGCCUUGGUCUCCAACUUGUAUGUUAUCUCACAGAUGCUUUCCACACGCUUCAGUGGCAACUUCCUGGUUAAUCUGCUUGGUACUUGGUCUGACGCAACGUCAGGUGGUCCAGCCCGGGCCUACCCGGUAGGUGGACUCUGUUACUACCUCUCUCCGCCGGAGUCAUUUGGCUCUGUUCUCGAUGACCCUGUCCAUGCAGCCAUCUACAUCGUCUUCAUGCUCGGAUCAUGUGCCUUCUUCUCCAAGACCUGGAUUGAAGUCUCAGGCUCCUCCGCGAAAGAUGUGGCGAAACAGCUAAAGGAGCAGCAGAUGGUGAUGAGGGGACACAGAGAAACCUCAAUGGUCCAUGAACUGAACAGGUACAUUCCUACUGCUGCUGCCUUCGGUGGACUGUGUAUCGGUGGUUUAUCAGUAAUGGCUGACUUCCUCGGAGCCAUUGGCUCUGGCACCGGUAUCCUACUUGCUGUCACCAUCAUCUACCAGUACUUUGAGAUCUUUGUGAAAGAACAAAGUGAAGUAGGCAGCAUGGGGGCUCUGCUCUUCUAGAAACAACAACAACAUCCUCCCAACUUCUACCAACUUUUAUUAGGAUCACCAACUUUGCAUUUAUUUUACAUCUUUGUGAAGCUCCUGCAUCGUCAGCUCUCCACUUUCAGGACGACUGAGGAAUCUUCAGGAAUCUCAGCUGAAAUGGGACCUUGCAAGGCGGUGGGGCUACACAGCUCGUCGCUCCCACCUCGUAUCUUCCAAAGUAACACAAAGACCAACAUUUCAGUUGUACUUCAUCAGAUUUUUCUAACUGACUCGAGAUUAUAGCUCCCCAAGAUUAAUUUAAAGGUUUCCUCUGUGUAUGACAUGAAGUCCUCCAGCGGGAGUUGGGUCCUUUUUUCAGACUGACAAUAGAGCGCUUCAGUAUGCAGGCAUACUCAACAGGGAUGACGGAGGUCAACUGCCUGCUGUGUGCAUACAUGCACUCGAUGUUCUGCUUGGUGUUAUCUUAGUUUAUACUUUUACUUUCAGCUUUAUUUUAUUUUUCUGUCAACCUGCCAAUUAUGUGAAGGUGUGGAACAGAAGCUGAACUGUCAAACUCUGAGUCCAGUACUGUCAUUUUCCUGAUUGUAACCCCAUGUUAUAGCUGUUAUUAGAACAGGGUGUGGUAAGACUAGGAUGUGGAGCUCACAUUGGGGUCCACCUGUCGCUGUUUUAAUGUAUGGCAUUCCCAGGGAACUGCAGUAUUAACUCACAUGUCACAUUCAUUUUCCUCUCCCACUUUCAAAGGUUUUUUUUUUGUUCUGUUUUUUUUAAUUGUCUGCUCUAAGCAUACUUGCAUUAAUCACUUUUCCACACCUGAAAAAAAAGAUGAUUUUUCUGUACAUAGGCCAUGCAUUGAUUAACUUUGAAUUUGUCUUAAGUGUAAAAUAAAGUCUUUGGAAUAUGUAAAAAAUAAAUGCAUUUCAGAACAAACUUAUAGAAAAACAUUCUCAAUAAAACCUUUUUGUGGAAAAAGGCUCAA